AUGUACUUGUCUCUUCCAUUGCUCAAAGGCGACGACAGCGACAACGAUAACUACACUACGACGACGGAUACAGCUAAUGUCGACCUGAGCAUUGGCACUGGCUCUGGCACUCUCCGUCUCUUUCCUUCUUCUCCUUCUCUUUCUCUUCGUUCUCACAUCUCUUGCGGUUGCCAGCCCACGCCCACGCCCACGCCCACGCCCACGCCCAUGCCCUCACCCAUCCCCGCACCUCCAGUUCCCGAUCUUAGAGGAAGAUGUACUUUGCACGAGAACCUCGCAUGCCUUUUCUAG